AUGAUGGGGGAGGCAGCGAGCGAGCAACUGGAUAAGAAUGGUUGCGAUUGGAUGAAGUGCAUUGUGGGGGUGCCCUGGUCUCCUGAGGAGUUCAUCGAGAAGGCGCGCAAGUGCCUUCACCCUAAGCUGCUGACCUCAGGUCUGCCACCAGAAUUGGACCAGGUGAUCAACAAGAACGCCAGUGUAUGUGGGGAAUGUAUGGAGGCAGAAGACAAACUGAAGAAUGAAAUGUCUGCCCCCCGCCGCAACAUCCUGAAAUCAAAGAGAUUGUGCCUUUUUGAGAGGCUGCUGGGAGACGUCGGUCAUGAAGAUGUGAACAUUGCACGGGAAAUGGGAGAAGGUUUCAAGUUGCUGGGACCGGUGCCGAAGUCCAACUUUUUCCAGAGAAAGAGAAGAUACGCCACAAUGGCGGUGAGCGAACUGAAAAGGCUGGCGCCCCUAACGAGGAGGGGCAUCUACAACAGCACUGUGAGCUGUGGUGACCCGGAGAUCGACGAGGCCGUUUACACUGUCACGGAAAAUGAACUGGCCAAGGGCUGGCUCAGCGGGCCCCAUGAUUUCGAGGAUCUGCCAGAGACAGCUUCGCUGACUAGGCGCUUUGGCGUCAAACAAGGAGGUGGUAAGGUGCGGCCUAUAGACAACUUCACCGAGCCCCUGCUGAAUUUGACGAGCUCGGCCGAUGAGACGGUCACGCUGCACGGUGCCCCGGUCCUGGGCGCCAUGUUUGCCAGGUGGCUGGAGGUGACUGAACGCAUGGGCAUUGCAGACAAGGGGCUGAGGAUCAAAACGGUGGACCUGUCGGGUGCUUACAAGCAGCUGUGUCUGGCCGAUGAGGCGCUACAGGAUGGAUUCAUUUGUGUCUAUGAUCCUGUGAGGCAACGCCCUGCAAUCUUUGGACAGGUGGUGCUCCCGUUUGGUUCCGUGCCGAGCGUUCAUGGUUUUUGCCGCGUGUCGUCUGGCCUCUGGAAGCUGUGUGUGGUGGGCCUGAGCAUCAUUGCUAGCGUGUAUUUUGACGACUUCGUUUUCUUGAGCAGGGACGCCGCGACAGAGCACACCUCUGCGAUACUGGAGAUGUUUUUCAGGCUGACAGGCUGGGCAACCAACUUGGACAAGGCCGUGGAGUUUGGGCUGGAUGCGAAGGUGCUGGGCCUGCAAGUUGAUUUAAGCGGGUUGUCCUCAGGACUGGCCAAACUGGGAAAUACUGAGUCCAGGCGACAUGAACUGGAUGAGACAAUUAGCGAGGUGCUGAAGCAAAAGAACCUCGGCGUACACGAGGGCCAGAGGCUACGGGGACGCUUAUUGUUUGCGGAAAGCCAGGUCUUCGGGCGACGGGCCACUGUUGCCAUGGGAAUAUUGAACCACCACAUACAUGUGGUUCAAGGCGGACGCAUAUCAGGGGACCUGGUUUGGGCUUUGGAAAUGCUUCGUGACAAAGUUGUGCGUGGCCGGCCCAGGGAAAUUACACAUCGCAUGUCCAGAGCGGCGCAUUUGUAUGUGGAUGCUUGUCAUGAAGAGAGCAGUGAGAUGCCAGCUGGCCUGGGGGGCAUCCUGGUAUUCCCUGAAUCCAACAAGAGGAGAUUUUUUAGCAAGAUGAUGGAUGCCACGGAUGUGGCGCUUUGGAAUCUGACUGAGAGCGAGAAGCCUAUUUAUGAACUGGAAAUGCUUGCAAUUGUUUCGGCUGUGGAUCUCUGGGCUGAUCAUGUUUCUGGCAUGGGUGUUUUGAUUUUUUCCGACAAUGAGGGUGCUGUCGGCACCUGCAUCAAAUGCAUAAGCGAGAAUGCAGUUGGAAACCACCUCUUGCAAAACUUGUGCGAGUUGGAGGAACGCUAUGGAUGCAACUUUUGGUUUGAGCGAGUUAAUACUGCGUCAAACCUGGCAGAUGAGCCCUCAAGGGGCAGUGACCAAGAUGUCUCACUUGGAAUGUGUGAUGAGUUGAACCUGCGGUCGUUGUGGGAGAAGUUUGGCAUGCAUGAGAUACGAAGGGGGAAGAGAAAGCAUGCCAAAGAUGCUGAUGGCUAUGAGCCAUCUUUGGGCGAUGUGCCCUGA